AUGCCCUUCAAGAAGCACUCUCGUCAGUACGACGUAGUUAUCUAUGGUGCAACAGGCUACACUGGACUGCUAACUGCUGAAUUUAUCGCUAGCCAUUUUCCCACGAAUACCAAGUGGGCCGUAGCUGGGCGGUCCGCACAGAAGCUAGAAAAGGUCGUAAAAACAUGUCAAGACCUGAAUCCGGACCGUGAACCGCCCAAGGUGGAGGUAUGCAGCCUGAAUGACGCUGACCUAGUCGCCCUGGCUAAGAAGACAUUCAUUCUCAUAACAACCGUUGGUCCUUAUAGCAGAUAUGGCGAGUAUGCGUUUAAGGCAUGUGCUGAGGCCGGCACUCACUAUGUUGAUUGCACUGGUGAGGCUGUGUGGCACGCAGAGAUGAUAAAGAAGUACGGUGCAGCCGCCAAAGCUAGUGGAGCACGCAUGUUUCCUCAAUCGGCUGUCGAAUCAGGACCUCCAGACUUAGUCACAUUUUCCUUAGCAUUGCUCAUCAAGUCGAAGCUGUCCGCGUCCCUUGGUGACGUUGUCGUUUCGCUCCACGAGAUUCAUUCCGCGCCUUCAGGAGGCACAUUAGCUAGUGUUCUCGGUUUGUUCGAAGUUUUCAGCUUCAAACAAGUGGCGGAAUCUCACAAACCAUAUGCUUUAUCGCCUAUUCCCAAUUCAAAACCUGCGCCUAAGGCAUCGGUUCUGUCACUAUUAACAGGGGCCUAUUAUAUCCCGAAUCUUGGUCUUCAGUCAACGUCCAUAACGGCAGGGACUGACACCGCCGUGGUACAACGCACUUGGGGCCUCUUCCAACAAGAAUCAACCUUACGGAAGAAUGCUUACGGGCCUAAUUUUACGUACCGGGAGUUUACCAAAACCAGAAACACCAUUAGUGCCAUGGCCAUGCACUACGGUUUAUUAGUAGGCGGCGUUCUCCUCGCAUUCUGCGCUCCGUUCCGGAACCUCAUGCGUAGAUUCGUUUUCCAGCCCGGCCAGGGCCCGACACAAGAGGAUUCGGCCAAUGACUACAUAGAGUAUCGAGGCGUUGCUAUUCCGGACAUACAGCCAGCUCCAGGAAAGCAGGCACUAUGCCGUGCCUGGUUCCAAGGGAGCAUGUAUUCGCCCUGGAGAGCUUAUAAAAGCGUCUUUUCGCUUCUUUUGUCGCCAAUGGCUUCUCCAUCGGCAAGCUCUGGAAGUGCAAGCUCAGAGAGGACACCGCUUCUGCGGCAAGACACCGCUCGCCCGCGGACAAUUCGUAACGUCACAUUUAAUCCAAACCCUGUCUCAAGGACCAUCGAUCCUGAGCCGCCAUCUCUGAGCUCUUCGCCAGGUUCUACACAAGCUGUUAGCAAUGUACGAGCAACGCGCCCCUUCACGUCGGGGAGUUCUCCGGCUGGCCCCCCACCAAUGCUUUCUGCUCUCAACAACCGAUUACGUCGCCGGAACAGCCACGGCUCUGUCUUUAAUGCCCUUCCCCCAGCCAUUUUGCCCAAGAUGGGGCCGCAACGGAGCUCAAAAACUGCCGAGAAGUUGAAACUACUCCCGAACCCUGAGCUAGAGGAGGAGGAGCUGGACGAGGAGAGCAACCGAGAUGUUUAUUCGCAAUACACACGUAUCAAAGAUCCUAUGGCUAGGCGGGAUGCGGCGAGGUUAGGGAAAGCAGACCGCGAGAGACUUCCACGAGUCACCGCAUAUUGUACGGCAAACAAAUACCAGAUGGAAAACUUGAUGCGGUUUCUCAAAGGCCGAGGAAAAUCAAAAGGGGCAAACCCAAAGCUAAUAGAUGAGUGCAUCUAUUCACCAUACAACUACGGACCGUCACAUCCCACUCAAAGGCCAGAGCUGUUUGAAGAGCACAGAGAUCGACCUGUAUACGUACAUGAAAGACGCCAUUCUACUGGCGAACUGCAAGCCGAAGACCAUUCUGAUGCAUACCAGCGCGGCGCCCUAGCUGAUUUCCGGGCUCAGCAGCAAGAACAUGGCCACGAACCGGAACAUUCCUUUAACCCCGGCCGUGACGCCAACAAUGAUCUAGCUUAUCCAGAGGGAAGCGUGAUGGACCACUCACGCUCGCAUACGGUAGAUGCCGACUUUGAUACCCAUGUGCACACACCUGAGGUUUUCCUAUUCGACUAUGGUGUUGUGGUAAUAUGGGGCAUGUCAAUUACGCACGAGCAACGGUUUUUAAAGGAUAUCGCUAAAUUCGAACUCGAAAAGUUGGAUCCGGAUGACGUCGAGACGGAAUGUUUUAAUUUCUAUUAUACCCGAGAAUAUCAGGCGCGUAUAUAUAACGACUUCAUUACGUUACGGGAUAGGGGAAAUUACAUGACUAAGUUGGCGAUAUCGCAUGCUCUGGCGCAAAGUGUCAAGACCUCUCUCUUCGAAGAGUUGUUAGCAUCGACGAUAGAUGCAUGUAAAGACAUUCCGACCCAGAUCGCACUGGCAGGCAAGAUAGCACUGUCACAAACACAGAUCAACAUGCAAAUAGGCGAGCUCUUCAUUCUGCGUAUUAAUAUCCAUCUGAACGGAAGCCUACUAGAUACGCCCGAGCUCUUCUGGGUUGAGCCACAUCUCGAACCUGUCUACCAAGCCGUCCGCAGCUACUUGGAGAUGGAUCAGCGCGUUGGCCUGCUAACGGAGCGUCUGGAUGUGAUUGCUGAUUUGCUCGCCGUACUAAAGGACCAAUUAAGUCAUGGGCACGGUGAGAUGCUGGAAUGGAUUGUUAUUGUUCUAAUUGCCGCUGAGAUCCUCGUCGCUGCUAUCAACAUAGUCGUCGAUCUGUACGCAGGUGUCUAG